UCGGAAUCAUGUCUGGCCGCGGAAAGCAGGGAGGCAAAGUGCGGGCCAAGGCCAAGUCUCGCUCUUCUCGGGCUGGGCUGCAGUUCCCAGUUGGGCGUGUGCACCGCCUGCUGCGCAAGGGGAACUAUGCGGAGCGAGUGGGAGCCGGCGCUCCCGUUUACAUGGCUGCGGUGCUGGAGUACCUCACGGCGGAAAUUUUGGAACUGGCUGGCAACGCCGCCCGGGACAACAAGAAAACCCGCAUCAUCCCCCGGCACUUGCAGCUGGCCAUCCGCAACGACGAGGAGCUGAACAAACUGCUGGGCAAAGUCACUAUCGCGCAGGGGGGCGUCCUGCCCAACAUCCAGGCGGUGCUGCUGCCCAAGAAAACCGAGAGCCACAAAGCCAAGGGCAAGUGAGGCUGCUGCAUCCCCUGCGGGAGAGACGUUUCC